AUGAAUGAAUUCUGUGAUAUUUCAUUUGAUUUGUUUGAAUUUCAAGAAUUUCUAGGUUAAGGAUCUUUUGGAACUGUGUUGAAAGCAUUAAAUAAACAGACACAAUAAUUAGUUGCAGUCAAAGUAAUGCACUUCUACGAACUCAUUCUAGAUUAUUAAAAAGAAAUCUCUAUUCUAAUCUGAAUAACUAAUGCAAGAAGCUCGCAUUUUAUAAGAGUUAUCACAUCCCAACAUUGUUAAGUUUUUUGCAGUGCAUGAGACAGAUUCCAGAAUCUUUAUUGAAAUGGAACUUAUUUAAGGAGGUAUUUAUCUAUUCACUGUAUCAAUAAGGCUCACUUAAUUCCAUAUCUAAGUGUUCUGAAGAAUAAACC